CAAAGGAAAAGUUGAUGAUAAGAAAAUAGUAUAGUCAUGGAGUACUAAUAAACAAUUCCCACUUUGUUGUACUGUUCAAAGCUUCCAGCUGAUUUUCUCACAACACAUGCAAACAAAAUUUAUGCAAGUACAGUAGCAGUUACAAUAAUUAUUAAUAAAGAAAGUUAAGUGAAUAAAAAAAGAUCGAAACUUUCAUUGGUAAUGCCAGAAGCUGUGACCUCUGCGGUGAAGUUAACACAAGCGUACAAAUUGAUCAUUUGCAACUUUGCAAACUACCCUUUUUCUCUCUACUCAUCUUUCUCUGUGUUCUUGUUUGGUGGGUUGAGAUUGGUUUCUACUGAUUUCUGAAUUGGGUUUUCUGGCUAGCUUCAUUUCACGACACUGAAGAAUCUGAUGGAGGGAAAACAAUUGAACUUUAAUCGACCUCUGCUCUCUGUGAGGCGUGGAUCAUCAGUAACUGGUCCCCCGGAAAAUGAAAGGGAUAAUACCCGUCGAAAUUUACCUCCUCUUCCUUACUACAAGUCAGAGUUAAAAUCAGGCCCAGUUAGAAAUCCGGGUGUUGUUCCUUUUAAGUGGGAGCACAAGCCAGGAAGACCCAAGGAUAAAAACACAGUACAAAAAGACAGUCUUGAGCGCCUGCCUCCUACUCCAAAAUUGCCACCAGGGAGGAUUAUAAACCAUGUACAAAAACAAACAGAUGAAAUACUAAGAGAUACGUCUACUUAUAGUUCAAGAUACCAAGCAGAAAUCAACGAUCCUCAUUCUCUCCAAAAUUCUUCUCAUGACCAAGUCUUCUCGGAAGUUGAAGGGUCUGAAAAGGACAAAGAAGAAAAGGGUAUCUCUAGCUCUGAAGAUGAUAACAUAACAUAUGUAGAUGCUCGUGAUACACUUUCUAGAAAUGACUCAUUCUUUAACUGCAGUGUUAGUGGAGUGAGUGGAGUGGAUUGUCCAGCGUCAUCUGGAGCCUUUUCAGAUCCUCAGACAAGAGAUUUCAUGAUGGAUAGGUUUCUUCCUGCUGCUAAAGCUGUGGCUUCGGAUACACCUCCAUUUGCUUCAAGAAGAAACCCUGUGGCCAGAGAGCAGGCAAAACCAAUGACAAAGGUGAUAAAGUGGAAGAAGCAGCCCCCACAAUAUUACUCGAUUCCUGACACCUUGCCUAAUAGCAUCAAUGGAGAAUGGAAAGAUGAGGAAGAAGACGAGGAAGAUGAAUCUGAUGAAUCAGAAGAUCUAUCUGUGAAACUCUGUGGUUUGAUGCCAAGAUUUUGUCUGUUAAAUCCAAUACCAGGAAUGAGAGACCAUGUGGAAGAAAUUUCCAGAGUCCGAAGUGUACGCACAAGAUCUUCAAAUGCAACAGCAUGUAGGGAUAAUAAGCACAAGGACAUGAUAAAAGAUAAUAGUAGAGGUGAACUGAAAAGAACUUCUCACCAAUAUGCACCCGCUCCUAUGAAUGAAUCAUUGAUGGAUAUCCAUUUGAGUUGUAAUGGCAUGGCACGGCACAAGAGUGCAUCACCUCAGUCAUUCCUUGAUAGAGAGAAGAAGCUUCUUGGGCUUCCUGGGGAGCCUAGAGAUUUUCAUGGCAGUAAGCUAAACUUGCCUCACAUUGGCCACACUAGAUUUGAGUUAGCAACACCCCGUGAUACUGAAGAGAUAACCAGUUCAGUAGUAAAUCCUGCAGAUGAAAAAACCGUGUAUGUAGAUUCUGAAAAAAUGGUAGAAUCUCGACAUUCAAAUUCAAGCACAUCUGAAUCCAGAGGAAGGAACCCUUCUGUGGAUUAUUCAGUGCAAGAUAUCAAGUCUCUUUGUUGUAAUGAAGAAAAAGCUACACUCCAAUCUGAGAGUCCAGAAACUGAAUUCAGUACAUUGCCUACUUCAGAAAAGUCAUGCCUGGAUGUCAGGGAAGACAUGAAAAACUUGCGGAAAGAUGAUCGAGACGUCAAUUCAGAUGUUGAAACUUAUCAGCCACCAAAGCCAGCUGCUAAAAGCAUGAAACAUUCUGAAAAAUACAGUUCUCCACUUACUAUGACCCCACUACUACCAAAGUCUCCAUCCGAGUCCUGGCUCUCUCGUACUUUAUCUUCAAGAAAUUCCUCUUCCAAGUCAUAUUUGGCAAACCACGCUUUCAGAUUGUCACCUAUGGAUCCUAAGAGGGAAAGAGUGCUAAAAGCUUCUAAUGUGGAAAACUUGCUUUUCCAGUCUGCAGGGGAACUUGCACCAAUAUUCGAACAUUAGAGAUGAUCAAAAAGCAAAUUUUGGAGGCAAUCGGGUUUGUUUGAUCUACUAUUGCUAGAAACUAAAUAGCUUCAGCAAGUUCAAACAUAACUGUAUCUGAUGGCGAAACAAACAAUAGUUAGCUGAAUUCUUUCUGUAAUUAGAGCAUAUAGAAUGAAAGCUGUUUUUUUUUUUUAAAUCUUUUACCCAACUUCAGUUUGUCUCUUGUUUUGUUUUUGUAAAUGUAAGGGAAUUGGGAAUGAAGUUAUUUUUUUUUUAAUAAGAGGGCCUUGUAUAUUUCAUCAAACAAUAAUCAUCUGCCUUAUCUUC